ACGGCUAUUAUUACAAUGUUUUCAAUUUUCUUAUUUCCGGCAAUAAACGUUUCCCAUUGCUUAAACAAACAUCCUUGCAGUGUGGCACUUGUUAUAUCCCUUUCCUUCGUCCUUGCGCGCACUGCUAAUGUCAACGAAAAUUUGGCGGUUAAUUUACCGGGUAUUAUUUCGGGAAAUUGUAAAGCUAUGAAUCCAACCUCAACGAAAAGUUGUGAAAGUUUGUAUUCGAAUAGUUCCAAGGGAUCGGCCAGUAAUAUUUAUAGACGUAAACUUCCAGUCGCCAUGGAUGGCAAAAAUGGUUGCAUGCGCCAGCCGGCCUUAAUACCGGCAACAAAUGAAGUAAGGCAACGGGUUUUAUCGGCUCGAAGGUUACGCAUUAAAACUUAUCAAAAUCAGUUGGCAAAUGCCCAGCAAACUAUAGCGGAAUUGGCCCAUGAAAAUCGUAUUCUGCGAACUUUACACAAACGCCAGGACUCCGCCUUGUCCAAAUAUGAAUCCACCAAUGCCGAACUUCCCCAGCUGCUACACUCCCACGCCGAGGAGCUAAGAAUGUGGCAAACCAAAUAUCGCAACUUACAGGCUGUCAACAAGGAUCUGGAACAGAGACUAAAACAAAAGGAAUCGAUUAUAUUGUCCUUGAGUGAUCAAAACAAGUACUAUAUACAAUUAAAUAAGGAUAAAAAUCUUGAAGAUCGUCAAAAACUCACAGAAAAACUUCAAUCGCUGGAAACGCGUCUGCAGGAAAAGGAUAACGAUUUAAAAAUGAUGGCACGCAAAAUGCAACUGGAAUCCAAACAGGCUAAACAGCAAUUGCUCGCUGAACAACGUAAAACCAAGGAAGUUCUAAUGAAAUUGGAAAAGGCACGUCUGGAGUUGUCAGGAUUUCGAAAAUUAGAGGAGCUACAGCUUCAAGAUAAAUUCAAUAUGAAUAUACCCCGACGUCACAAAGUCAACUCCCACGAAGAUCAGAAAGACGAUAAAGAAUUGGAAAAAUUAAUAUUUCACGGAGGUGAUGGAGAACAGAUUGAUGAUUUCGAAGGUUCCAACAGCCAACGAUCACAACGAUCAACACAGAGCAAUCACACUGUGACUCAGCGUUCCAAUCGUACAGUUAAAAAGAUGUCACUGAAUGGUAAUUGUGAUCCGACAAGUCCACCUUCAAAUGCAAGCAAACAAAAUCAUUCUGGUAAGACGAUUGCCAUACUGCGGCGUAUUGAUCAGGGAGAUGGCGAUGCUGGUAAGGCACAACAUUCAGAAAAGAAAACGAUGGCAAAUCAUCAUCCAAUGGAGCAAAAGAAAACCGAGACAUUCUCCACGGAAUAUGAAGAUGAUUAUGAACAGGAUGAAGAGGAAGACGACGAUACCGCAGAACAGAAUUCAUCCAAUGAAGAGGACUCAAAGGAUUCGAUUCAAGAUGAUAGCAAUGAAACGGGACAUUUUAUGAAUAAUAUCGAUAAACAUUUGGAAAAAGAUUUAUACGAAGACAAUGGGGAUUACUUUAAGGAACAAGAAAAAGUGGAGCUUCCAAACGCAGGCAAGAAAAUUCGCAUGAAAGAGGAAAUCUCCAGCAUACGGAAACAAAUAUCCGAUGAUUACAAGGAACGUGAGGCCUUUCUCGAUACGUUUUGUCGCCAGGCAACCAGUGGAGCGCUGAAAGAAGAUACCCCAAAGAAAAGAAAUAGUAUUGCCGUUGAACGUAAUGUCGUUGGCAGUCGCAAACAUAAGCUCUUGGCUGCCCUAAAGGCCAUUGAGGACAACAAUAGUCAGGAUUAAAUUACCAAAAAGGCUUUGUUUCGUACUUUAUUUUUUUAAUUAUAAACAUUUCUUUAUACAAAUAAAACUAGCAACUAAAAAACUUAAA